GCAAUUACAUUUCUUCAUCACAGAUGUCGUUUGUUUACAUUUUUGUAUAUUGAAAAUAAAUUGCAAUUUCUUGAGAAUUUUUUUAAGCUAAAGGCUCAGAAGCUAAUUGAAAUAUCCUCUACUGCAAACAUGGAAGAAACUGAUGGAAUUAUAAUUGAGACUCUUCGCAAAAUUGGAUGUGAUAUUGAAGAUGACAUCUCAUCACUCGCACAUUUUACAACAGAAAUUGUGAUUGAGGGUGUUGUUAAGUGCCUUUUAUCCAUCCAGCCAGAUUUACAACUCAACUCUAAAAUGCCACCAAAUCUCCCAGCUCGUUAUAAACUAUGCAUGGAAAUAGCAAAGGCUUGCAAGGAUGUUGCAGGUUACAAAGGAGAUCUUGGAUAUGAAACAUUUUUACAUGGUAGCCAGGCUGAAAUUAGAAAUGUGUUUGCCAUUCUCAUACAAAAACUACCUAAAGUGAAUGAACAACCAAUAUCAGACUCUGUUGUGGAUCCCUUUGCAUAUACCAUGGGGAAAAUACAGAAUGAUAUUCUAAGACAACUUCAUCAACCAUGGUUGCCUUACUUUUGUAACCCUUCAAGUGAUAAUAGUUUUCCUUUCCUCUCAACUGAUCUACCAAAAGUUGUCAACACAAGUGGCAGACACCAUUUGCUAAAGCUGUCAUCAGUACCCACCAUUCACUUAAUACCAUCUUUAAUAGAAACACACAUUUCAGAGUUGGCAGCCGACAAAUACCAAUAUAAGUUCCCACUUGAGAAAGGCAGAAAUUUCAAAAGGGAACCGGAAUUUCUUCCGCCUGCACAGAGCUCAAGGUUUUCUCUGGUUCGCUUACUGAAUUUUACGGAUAUCGAUAAGAAAAAGAAAAAACCUCAACCACCUCCAAAACCUUUACAUUUGGGUGGAGCACCAAAAACCGAGGACCAUCCUACUAUAGAAGAGCAAUGCCAACAACUAAAUAUCGUCAUCGAGAACCACGAACGCGACCUACAGUUACGACAAGAAGAGCUCGCCAAUGCAACGGAAGAAGUUGCCAACCUAAAAUGCAUUAUCCAGUGUAAAGAGGCCGAGCAAGAUGCUCUACGAAGAGAGUUAGAUAGACAGGAAAAGCUACACGCUCUUCUUCCAGAUGCACCGGUGCACUUGGAUCGUAUGAAAUCUCUUCUGGAAUCAAACAAAGAAAAAAUUGCGGCACUCGAAGAACAGUGGUCACGAAUUAAAAAACCUUUGGAAGUUGAGUACCAGAGAUGCCUUCAGGUUCAAGAAAACAGCGUAGCAGAGAAGUUGAAAGCUGCGCUGGAGAAAACAGUGCUGUCUUUAAGGCAAGUCGUCAAGGAAAUUCGUACGAAAGAAGACGCUAUAGAGAAGCUACAAACCCAUAUCGAAUCUAUGCCUUCGUCGGUCUUGACAAGAACAUUCUACACCCAGAGAAUACUGAGUAUCGUGGCAAAUGUCAAAAAGCAAAAUGAGGAAAUGCAUCGGGUGCUCGAGGAUGUGAAAAGUGUACAGCGUGAAAUUAAUUCGAUACAAGGAAAAGUUGAGCGCACUUUCACUGUAACGGAUGAAAUAAUAUUUCGGAUGGCCAAGUCGGAUGAGGCGGCGAGACGGAUAUACAAGUUUUUAAUUUCCCUGCAGACAGAUUGCUCUGAUAUCCAAAGACUAGUAAAAGAAUCUGGCAACUUGUCACGGGAGAUCAAAGAUUUGGAAGAGCAAGCCGAAACCGAGUUACGACGUAACAUCGUUCCCAAACUUAGACAACUACAAAUAGAUCUCGAACAGAUACGACAGGAGAACCGAAUUUUGGAAGAAAGAGUUAAUAAUGGUGGGAAACUCUGAGUGGAACAGUUAAUCAUUCCAGUUUUAAGGCUACCGUGUCUAUCGAAGUCGCUCUCACCCUUCUCGCUAUACAACGUUAUUGAAGUUCAAAGGAGGCCAUGUGAACAACAAAAAAAUUUUGCUGUCAACAAAGCUCUCCAUUUCUUGUUUGAUUUGUCAGAUAUCAAACAAGAAUUGGAUGUUGAAGCUCUGGAGGAUAACUUUUCUUUUUUGCCUUUGUCUUGUAUUGGAACACUGGAAGCAUUAGGCAAAAUAA